UGGCGCAGAGACAAAAAGGUAACAAAGUCAGAUUACAGACUAAAAAUCAAGAUGCCACAUAGCUAUUCAGAAUCUCUGCAUAAUUAAAAUACAGAUUUCACUGGAAUAUCUGAAUGAUGAACUGUGUUAUCUACUUUUCUUUCAGAACAGUACUAACAAGACUUGCUAAAUCUAGGUGGUGUUUUGACUUGUCGCCUUAUUUUUAAAGUUACUGAAGCGGGAACCAGCAAGGCUCUUGGCAACCAUUCACGGUAAAAAUGUCCUUCUCGGGGAGUCAUAAAAAGCAACUGAGGGAGGAUCUGGACUUCUAAUUAUACUGCGACUUGGGAGGGAAGGUCUUCUGAAAUCACACUUGCCUGCCCCACCUUCCAAAGAUGAGCUCAUCUCACAAACACAGAAGUGGGUUGUAAAUAGACAUGAACAGUAACAACUUCAGAAAUUCAUCAACAACUUAUAAAUGCCCGUCAGAUGUACCCACUAAAGCACACUUCACUUUUGCAGGUGGGAAUGAGAAGAGUCUUGUUAACUUAUUUCUAAUGAAACAGAAAACCUCAAAAUUCUGUGUGAUGAUGAUCCCACUUAAAACAUCAGUUACUUCCUCCCACAAUCUUGCAAAUGAAUACAUAGGUAGUAUCUCAUUCAUAAGAGAAACGAGUUUCAGUAGGUGUAACAGACGCCACAGGUAAAUAUUAAUCUGAAGUCUAAACCUGUCAGGCUCCCCCGCACUGACCGGGCUGCAGAGAGACGUUAUUUUAAGAAGUGUGAUAAACUUGUUUAAACACUGUAGGAGAUUGAGAAACAGGUCCAUGAGGAGGAGGCAGGGGUACGGUCACCACCGGCAGUCAGAGAUCCACAGACAUCACCAGACAUCACUUGUGAUUACGGCCACGGUUACAGUUUAGAGUGUUACAUUACGCAGUGUGGACUCUCAAGCCAGGGUUUUCUGUUUUUACACGAAUAUCCCUGAGACAUCAGUGUAGUAUACCACAUGGCACACUCAGUUCUCCUCUGACUCUCGUGUUUGAUAUCACAGGGAACAACUUGAGCAUAACUCGACUUUCACAUUUGUUUAGGCAUGAUUUCACAGUGCAACAGCAGAAGGCUGCACGGGGCGGAACCCAGCUGCCCAAGGUUGCGGAGAACGCACCAAGCCACACCUCAAACACCUGCCAGCGACCGCAGCUCCCCGCAAGGGUGCCAAGCCCCGGUCCUCCACACCGGCUGUCCCGACUUUGCUUCUGAUUUCAGAUUACCCGCCCUGCCAUCACCUCACAGUGACUCACAAGCCGUGACCCUUCCAGGGCCUCACUCAGUCCACAGGAAACAUCAGGGUUUGCUCAAGAGUACAUCAUGUGAAAUGCCAGGCUGGAUGAAGCAUAUGGUGGAAUCAAGAUUGCUGGGAGAAAUAUCAAUAACCUCAGAUAUGCAGAUGACACCCACUCUUAUGGCAGAAAGUGAAGAAGAAUUAAAGGGCCUCUUGAUGAAGGUGAAAGAGGACAGUGAAAAAGAUGGCUUAAAAUUCAACAUUCAAAAAAUGAAGAUCAUGGCAUCCAGUUCAAUCUCUUCAUGGCAGAGAGAUGGGGAAACAAUGGAAACAGUGAGAGGGUUUAUUAUCUUGGGCUCCAAAAUCACUGUAGAUGGUGACUGCAGCCAUGAAAUUAAAAGACGCUUGCUCCUUGAAAGAAAAGCUACGACAAAACUAGACAAUGUAUUAAAAAGCAGAGACAUUACUUUGCCAAAGGUCCAUAUGGUCACAAUGAUGGUUUUUCCAGUAGGCAUGUAUAGAUGUGAGAGUUGGAACAUAAAGAAAGCUGAGCGCCGAAGAAUUGAUACUUCUGAACCGUGGUGUUGGAGAAGACUCCUGAGAGUCCCUUGGACUGCAAGGAGAUCAAACCAGUUCAUCCUAAAGGAAACCAACCCUGAAUAUUCAUUGGAAGGACUGAUGCUGAAGCUCCAAUACUUUGGCCACCUGAUAUGAAAAGCUGACUCGUUAGAAAAGACCCUGAUGCUGGGAAAGAUUGAGGGCAGGAAGAGAAGGGGACGACAGAGGAUGAGGUGGUUGAUAGCAUCAAUGGACAUGAGUUUGAGCAAGCUCUGGGAGAUGGUGAAGGACAGGUAAGUCCGUCGUGCUGCAGCCAUGGGGUCACAGAGAGUCAGACAGGACUGAGUGACUGAACAACAACCAAAACAGUACCUCUCAUACAGCCUUCUCUUGCCUCAGCUCUCUCCAUUCCCGUAACUUUCCUACACCGUGCUUAUUACCCUGAUACACGAUGCAUCCACCUGUUCAUGGCCACCUCCUCCCGUGAGAAUGCAUGGUCCCAUGCCUACUGUUUGAGAGAUGGGCAGCGCACAGUCUGCACUCACUACAUUUUUGUCAAAUAAGUGAUUUGGUUAUUAGGGAGAAACAAAAAGAACUGCUGGUCUGCUUUCCUAGUGACUGCAACUACAUUUCCAGUGACCAAGAUUUUCAAUGGCCAUCUUUAGAGAUGCUGUGGAAGGAAUUCUGUAAAUUAAAAGGUGAGUCUACAUGAGGAUUUUCUACACUGCACAUCAAAGCCAGCAGAGUAUGCAGUAAACAAUAAUAAAAAACCAAAUAAACCUAACUGUUUACACCUGAGUGGCAAAGGCUUUCUGUAAAGCACCAGAAUAAGCAACUUUCACUCUGCAAGCCUCAGAACCUCAGUCACCAUUACUCAACUCUGCUGCUGCAGGACGUUAAGAGCCAGAAACAAUACAUCCGUGAAUAAGCACAGCUAUGUGCCAAUAAAACUUUAUCGAUAAACACUGAACUAUGUAUAACUUUCACACGUCACAAAAUAUUGCUAUUCUUUUAAUUUUUAUUCAAACACUUAAAAAUGUGAAAACCAUUCUAGAGUUGUGAACCAUAUAAAAACAGGCUGUGGACCAAGAUUUGACCUCUAUGCUAUAAGUUUUCCAAUUUACAUCCUUUCUAAGGGUGGUUUUUGUUUUGUUUUUUCUACAAAUGAAAUACAUUCUGGCCCAUGAAUCUCUUGGAUAUACAGUCUACAAUUAAUUAAGCAUGGAAUAGCUUUUGCUAAAGAGUAAUAAGCUGGAUAAACAGUUUAUUUGGGUGAAUAAACAUUACUAAUGCACCUUUUCAGGGCUGUCUUUCUACACAGAUUUUGGUCAUGUUCAAAUGUCUGUCACCAUCUUUUCCCUUAUCUAAGUAUUUUCAUUUUUCAGCCUGUUUAAGAAAUUUCAAUCUGCUCUUUCUUCCUUUACAGAGAGGGGAACUGUAACAAAAUCUUAGGACAGAGGGGAGAGUGGCUUCCCAAGGAUUUGGGAAGGUGGAUUCCAGUGCAGUGUUUCCUGAUUAAGUGUACAAUGUGUUGCUCAGACUUUGCUUCCAAGUACUCUCAGACACACUCUGUUGUGUGGGCCCUGGAAUGAGGACUACUUAGACUGCAGGCGCUACUAGCACUCGGGGUCACCUGUCCCCAUGAACCAUAAAAAUUUGCUGAAAAUGCCAGGCUGGCAGUAACAUAGCCAAAACAUGUUAUUUCAUAACUUAAAGCAGAAGAUUUUCAAUUCCUCUCAUUUAUAACGGUAGCCUCAUCUCUCUUCCAGAACAGCAAUAUAUGAAAAUACGGAAUCUGAAGAAGCACUCUUCAUGAUAUGACUCAGAAAAGUCGGCCAACAUAGGGAAGAGGGAUAUUAACAUUAAACACGCCUACUGGACCGUGGACACACUCUAGGGGAUAGGAACACUUCACAAUAGCCCUUCGGAUGCUCUCAACAUCCUGAUGUUGGGCGUCCUGGAAACCCAAUCAAGAAAGAAUUCAAGAGGAAAGUUACCCCCAACUGUGUUCUCUAAGCAUAGGAGACAAGGAACAAAACCCCAAUUUAUUUUAACCUAACUGAUUACAUACUCCACUUGCCCUACUCAUCGUGCAAGGAGAUCUAUUGGAAUGUGGGGUGAAAAUUUUUUCAGUUUUCUGCAAUGCCUCUGGUGCUCUUGCUUCUCAAAUUUCCAAGUAAAUCAAAUUCAAAUAAUCAGGCCAAAGGAAGCCAGUGGUUUUCCAACUCCUACUGUAAGCAACACAGCCUACAGACUGACUGUGAAAACCACGGAUUAAAUUAAGCUUCACUUGAAUUUCAAGAUGCCAGAGACGGUCUCCUGAGAAAGAGGACUUGGCUUGUAACCCCGGUGUCUCACACGCAUGGUCCAAUUCACAGCAAAGACGGCCGUCCACAAAGCCUCUCCGUCUUCCCAGACCUCUCCUCCAUUCUGCAAAGCUUGGAAUACACACAUCAAUGGAAGCUGAGACAUCAAAUCACGGAAAGUUUUAAGAUAAGCGCCUCCGCCUCAUCUCAUGCUCUUCAUUGAGUUUCUGAGGGAAAUGGAAAUGCAGAUGAGGCAGGCAGCUUCCAGCAAAAAUAAUCAGAAGUGAAUAAGUACACCAAGGAAUCACCACUGAAGCUGCCUGGCAAUCCCAUGGGCACUUAGAUGACACGUUCUGUUGGGGAAUAACCAGGGCCCCAGGGAGUCACCCUCUUCCAUACAUCCAGACUGGGAUGCUGAAACCAGGUGAUGGAUGAAGUGGCGAUGAGGACACCUCCCUGAACAAGCCUGGCUUCUGCCUGUAUUCGUUUGCUAGGGCUGCCCUAACCAACCAACACAGAUGGCACAGUUUACACGACAGAGAUCUCUAAGCCCUACAUCAAGGUGUCACCAUCAAGGUGUUGACAAAGCUGUUCUGUUCUAAGGCCUCUCUCCUCGGCUUGGAGACGCUGCCUUCCUGCUGCUUCCUGCCCUGGUCUUCUCACUACACGUGUCUGUGUCCAGAUUCCCUUGUCCUGUAAGAAACCAGUCAUAACGAAUUAAAGUCCACCUCCAUGACCUCAUGUUAACUGCUUCUCUGAAGACCCGAUCUGCAAACAUACAGUCACAUUAGGCCUUCCACACAGGGAUCUUGGGGGGACACAAGUCAGCCUCUUGCCCUGCUGGAAUCACUGCUAUGGCAGGGCUCUGUUUCCAUUCAUUCUGACCAGUGCCGGACGCUUGACAACGAACUGGUAACUCAGCUCUCACUAUUCUGAAAAUUAACUAUCUUUUUUCAUAAUGAAAGGAUAUUACAUUCAACAAUGUCCCAACACCACUCUAAUUUUGGUAACAACAACAACAAAAAAAACACAGCAUGUAAUUUUCACUGCCUUUAUAAAAUACUUUGUCACAUACCAAAUACAAUUAUAAAGAAAAGUCAUUGGCAAUGGGGCACAAUGACUUGUGUCCACUAAGCCUCAGCUGCUUUCUUUUUUUUUUAAAGCAAUUUGCACUGCAACAAAGAUCACCACAAGAAAA